GUCUAUCCUCCCCCUUUUCCUGCAGCGAGCUUUUUCAAUUUUGUCUGGUUCUGUCUUGAUUUCUUAAUCUAUCUCUAUCUUCCCUUUGUGCUGAUGCUAUAUACGCCUGUGAGCGUCCCAUUCAUUUUAUAUAUCUGUAAUAGCGCGUAAUAGCUUUCGUUCUCUAGCAUCUUCGGACACAUGCACAAAAGAUACGAGUUCGUUGUGCGUGUGAAGUUGUGCAAAAUUUUGAAUUUUUUUAAUCUAUAUUAUUUCAGUCCAAAACAUUGUGCAAAACUUUGUACUUUAAGUUCUCGAGCAAGAGUGAUUUUUCUUCAUUUGCUGCUUCAAAUCGUCUGGGGUUCGCGAGUUCGUCUUCUUCCUCCCUGUUAUGCAGAGUUUCGUUUCUUUUUCUUCUCGUGGCUGUCCACUCUCCGCUGUAAUAGUGCAGGACCGAACAUUCUCUUCUUCUUUGCUGUGAGAGAGAAUUUUUGGCUCUGUAGCUCGCUCUGCGUGUUAGAGUAGAACUGGAGAAGCUUCAUUGUAUAUCUGAUGGGAGUGAUUAAAGAUGGCACAGUCUCGGGGUUUCUGCCUAGCCCCUGUGGAUUUCUAGUCCAUUAUCCUGGUUAUCCAUCAUCCAUGUCUCGUGCAGUAGAUACUCUUGGUGGAAUUCAAGGCAUCCUUAAGGCUCGCAGUUCACAAUCUGAGAAAUUGGAGCUCCAUUUCCGCCCUGAAGAUCCAUAUUCACAUCCUGCAUUUGGGGAGCUUCGUCCUUGCAAGAAUUUUCUUCUUAAAAUAUCUAGGGAAAAAGCACAUGUUUGUCAUGAUUCUAAAACUUCUAACAGAUUGUCAAAUAAUGAGAUGCAAAAUGGGGCGCAAACAACUCAAUCACAAACUGAUAUGGCAGCUACCGCUGAAGAAACAGAUAACUGUACAUCUGCAGAUGGAGAGGCAAAUCUUAUUGCUGAUAUUGUUGCUCAUGUUCCUGAAGCUUAUUGUUUUAAUGGAAUGGUAGACUACCAACAUGUUAUUCCAGUUCAUGCCAAUAUUGCGCAGAGGAGAAAGAGAAACUGGUCAGAACUUGAAGAGCCUCUCUUUGAAAAGGGUGGUCUCAUGGAUGUGGAUCAGGAGGAUGUUAUGAUUAUAGUGCCUCCAUUUUUUUCCCCAAAAGAUGUGCCAGAAAAUGUAGUUUUGAGACCACCAUCAACAUCGAGUUCAAAAAAGAGACAAGAGGCUAGCCCACAACGUGAAUUUGAGGCACAUCUUCAUGAUAAGAUGGACAUAGAGUCAGUUCUUGCAAUUGAUUUUGACAUUAAAGAGAUUCCAAAGAUAGUGAAUUGGGAGGAAUAUGUGCCUGAAGGCUCAGAUCAGUGGGAAUCACAGAAGGCUAUAUCUAGGCUCUUUGACGAGCGGCCUAUUUGGCCAAAAGAUUCUAUUAAAGAAUGCUUACUUGACAAAGGCUUAAAUUUUUCACAUGACAUGCUUAGAAGGCUUCUUUCUAGAAUCGCUUACUACUUUUCUAGCGGACCAUUUCUUAGGUUUUGGAUCAAGAAGGGAUAUGACCCACGGAAAGAUCAUGAUUCUCGCAUUUAUCAAAGAAUUGAUUAUCGAGUCCCAAUACCAUUGAGAAGUUACUGUGAUUCUCAAUUGGCCAACAAAAAGAAGCAUAGAUGGGAGGACAUAUGUACUUUUCGUGUUUUCCCUCACAAGAUCCAAACGUCAUUACAGUUAUUUGAGCUUGUUGAUGAUUACAUCCAACUGGAAAUAAAGAAGCUUCCUGUGCAGGCAACUUGUACUUCUGCAACAGGAUGGUUUUCACACAACAUACUCAAUUGUUUUAGACAACGUCUUAUGAUGAGGUUCCUAUCAGUAUUUCCAAAACCUGGUGCAGAAAACUUACUCAGAACUGCUACUUCAAGGUUUGAAAAAUUAAAGAGGGAUUGCUGUAGGGAGAACAUAAAGCUUGAUGGAGAGGACAACCGGCAGGCUAACUCAGGAAUAUUGGGCAUGCAAGAGAACGAUGAAGCUAUUGAUGUUGAAGAUAAUGAGGAAGAUACAGCUGAGGCUAACAAUAGCGAUGAAGAAUGGGACGCUUGUGACGAACUUGAUUUGGCUGAAGAUGGGGAUAUGCCUUUGCCACCACAUUCUUAUAUGAACGCAGAGAACAUUUCUAGAACCCAUCUCCAGGAGCUUUUUGAUAGCUUUCCCUCUAGUGGAUAUGAUGAGGAUAGAGCAGAAGAAAAUGUUGGUGAUGAAGAAUAUCAGAUAUAUGAGCAAGAUAGUGUUGACAGCUACUCCGAAGAGUAAAUGUUGGCCAGCAAUAUUCUCUUCGGAUACGCCCAGGUUUUCUUAUGGCUUGGUUUGGAUGGAAGAAAAAGUGGGAAGAAAAUAGGGUGAAGAGAAAAGUAGGAGAAGGAAUUUUCAAAAAUAGUAAUUUUUUUACUAUUUUUAUGAGUUUUUUUAAUAACAUUUUUCUCUCCUAAUUUUUCUUCCUCCCAAUUGUUCAUUUCAUUUGAUUAAAGUGUUAAUGUUACGGCUUUAUUGCAUUUAUAGUAUUAAUUAUUAAAUAUGUAAUUAAAAAUUUUGUAUUUUUGAGAGAGAGGCCAUAAAAAGUGAAGGUGAGACUAUAAUUGCCCCUUUUGUUGGGAAGCCCUUUCUUUGCUACUCUCUUUUGCUCUAGGCGAGAAAGAGAAGGGCCUUUACCGUCAUCCUGUAGUUAAUAUAUCAAACACGAGAGAGUCGAAAUCUACCAGCUGAAAUUUGGAUAGAUGGAUUUAGAUUUAGAUUUUAAGCUUAAAUUUCAUGUAUUUAAAAACUUUCAGGGAGAAUUGCAUCUAAGGGCCUUGGAAAGAAGAUAAUUACUCUUUAGGCCAAUUACAAUUGUAGGCCCAAGGGCCUUAUCUGUAAUUAAUUUUGAAGCUGACAAGAUUUAACUGUCCCUGAUUUGGAAAAUAGGACCCAUAAUGAUGCUGUGGAUGAGUUGAUUUGGGUUAUUGGAGCUAUCAAAGACAAAGGCGGCAUCAGGGUAGCCAAGUUCACUCUGGCCACAAGCUUUCGGAACUCCGUUACCGAGAUGGUCAUCAUCAAAGCUGCCAAUCAAAAUGAGGCUACAUUAACGACAAGAACGUUGAGAGUCAGGCAAUGGCUUGUCGCCUCUUUGUCGCAUUUGAAGCCCCUUUUCAGUUUGACCUUGCACAUGAACAAGACGCGAAGCUAUCUUAUUGCUCUCAAGGGCUUAAUGCCCAUCCAUGGCAUUUUCUGUUAUGAGGUCUUGGCCAGCCAAAAAACCAGACGCCUACAGUUUGAUCUCUCCGAUCACACCUAUUGGCAUUACAAGUCUGAUAAGGUAUGGGGAUUCAAUGCUUUCGUUUGUUCAUAUUCGGAUUAGUGAUCAAUGUUUGUGUCGUCUAAAUACCAAAAGAGAAGAAAAUAGAGGAAGGAAAUCGAGGACACAUCGAUGCAAAAGCUGGAGAAAUUGUCGAAGAUGCGAACCCUAAUCGACAUAGCCCUUGAGAUUAGGCCUAUGAACGAGUGAAUGAACAACAUGGUCCUCAUUCUGGAAGCCAUGGUUCUCGAAGUUAGGUAGAGUCGCAUGGCAAUGGGGUAGUCCAUGCCUCUCAAAGCCCUAAAGUUGAACGAGAAUGUGAAUAAAACAUUAGAGCUCUGGAGCACAUGUCCAAUGGGGAUCACGAGAAGAUCAAUCAUCACGAGGUUGAAGAUAAAAAUUUCUAGCGUCUUUUGUUUUCCAGUGGGUUCUAUUUUUUCGUUUUAGAGGCAAUUCAGUCUUUUUAGCAUUAAUAUUAAUUACGGAUAAGGCUUGUUGGCGUGCAGAGUAUUAUCAAAUUGUUUUCGCCUAAGAGUAAUUAUCUUUCUUCCAA